GUCGUGAAAUAUUAAUUUCGGAAGUGCAAACAAAACCGGUACUAUGGAAUGAUCAACACCCAGAUUACAAAAAAACGGAGAUAACAAGAAAGUUAUGGGGAGAUGUUGGCACAUGUAUUGGAUUAUCAGGACAAGCUGCGAAGGGGAAGUGGAAAAAUUUAAAAGAUAAGUUUCGGGUUGAACUGCAUAAAAUUCCGAAAAAACGCUCCGGCUCAGAAAAUGACAAUUAUAAGUCAAAAUGGCCAUUUUUUGAUAUGAUGCUAUUUGUAAAAGAUAGCAUGCUUCCAAGUACAACAACUGGCAACCUCUCGAAGGAACCCGAGAACACCGAUAGUGAGGAUGAAGAACAAACUGCAGAAAACGUUAAUAAUGAAGAGUCAGAUACCAUACAACAUGAACCUUCAUCACCAUCAACUAGCUCUUCACGUCCUUCAUCUUGUACAACGCAAAGAAAGACAUUCGCAACACCAACAUGUCGUAAUAAGAAAAGACCUGCACAAAACGAAAUCGACAGACAUUACUUGGAAUUAGAGCAAAAGAAACUAGAUUUAUUAGAGCAGGAAUUUAAGAAAGAUGUUGAUAUGACAGGUAACCCCGAUUAUCAUUUUUUAAUGAGUCUGCUGCCCUAUUUUACGGACAUGGACUGUUUAGAAAAAUUGGAAGUGCGAGCAAAAAUACAAGAAGUUAUCACCGAGGCCGUGCGACGCAAACAAAACACUAUGCAGUCUGUUCAACGUCAAGAAAAUUACACAAAUCUUCAACUUUACGGAAAUGAAAACUUCGAUCAAGUACGAUCCCAGCCUAGAUUACAUACAAACUCUGGCGAAAAUUUAACAGUGGGAAAAGGUAUUCAAUAUCAACCAAUUAGUCAAUGUGACGAAAAUUAUAGCAUGUUUCGGCUUGACCCGGGAAAAUAUAACAAUAGAAGAUUCUGGGUCUGCAGAAUUACUCUAUACAUCUAAUUUUAUGCAAUAAAUAUUAGUGUACUUGUCACUAUUUUUGUGUACCUACCUUAAUGUUAAAUAAAGCCUUUCUACUGGAGAUAUGGGUCUCUUAAAAUUAGUUACUUUCUUCCGAAGCCUGUCCUUAAUUCGUAUCAAAAUAUAAUCGAAAGUGUCAAUAGACAUGCGUAAAAAUUCGAAAAAUUUAGACGGAUCUCUUCGUAGAUCAUAGUACAGUUGGUGAAAUUCACCGUUUGUCAAACGAGUUCUGUUUAGGUAAUGCACUCCAAUUCUUUUCUUCCGCUUCCUUAAUAUAAUCUUUCUAAAUAAAAUAGGAUUUUCUAAUAACCACAGCAAACGCACUGACUUCGGCAGCAUGUUUACCACGGGACUGAUACUAAAUAAGCUGUGCUACGACUCUGCUUAAUAUACACACUUCAUCGUUAUAACGCUCAACGUUCAUCGCUCACCGCUCAUCGCUAAUCGCUCGCCAAUAUAAACGCGGCCUUAAGCUAAUGUGCGGAGAUAAUAAUGCGUAGGUGGGAGUGCGAAAGCGGUAAU